AGCUAGAUACAAACAAACCAUGAGGAAUAGCACCAUUAUCAUAGUUUUGUGAAGCUCAUAGUGAUAGCAUGCCAAGAUAGUCAACACACCAUGGACUGCUCUGUAUCAGCUGCUGUGGGGUCAGCAGCAUACCCAGAGUCACUGGAAUUCAGCUCAUGUGAUGUUUACAAACCAUGUGACACAGCAACCCUUUGUCUAGUGUGCCUGUCUGCGGUAGACAGUCCCCACCUUGACCUUGUGAAUUACGACAAACCACUGCGACACUCUGGUGUCCCAAUGCUGACACGGCUUCAGCAACUGCUUCCACUUGUUGUGGGUGAUGAAGCCUGCUCAGUCUGUUCCACCUGUAUUGGUCUGGUGGUGAGCAUUGAUGAGCUGGAGCUGCAGCUUUCUGAACAGCUCUCUCAGCUGCAGAGGAGGCAUGUCCAGAAGGCUGCUCAGCAGGACUGGCAGCGGGCAGCGGAACAGGUGAUCUGCGCCCCUGUGGAUGAAGUGCAGAACCCCUGCACCUCAGCGCAGGAUGUUGAUGAUCCAUGUCCAAGUGAGCAGGAUGCUGGACUUGGGCAGAGUGGAGAGCUCAUAAAGUGUGAGGUGGCUAGGCUUGCUGCUCCUGUCACAGAUGAUGAACAUCAAGAUAAUUUGAUCAUUGAAAGUGGAGGAGAGGAGAUGAAACAUUCAGGGGGAUCACUUGAUCAUGCAGAUCAAGAUGAAUCAGUACCUGCUACUGAUCUUUUGGAGAAUGUCACAGAAACAGAUUCCUCACCUCUCAGGGCAACAGGAGAUGCUGCAGCACAGAAGUAUGCCUCAGAGGAAGAAGAUGAGCUUUCUGACACGGACGAUCCACUGCCGCCGACCGGUACCGCAGCGCCUCUGGUGUCCACCGCGGGAGACACUAGUUCGCCGUCCCGCCGCCAGGCGAAUCUACACCGUCGCAGCCUGGACUCUCUUACCGUAGACCGCGCUCAGGAUCGUCCGUACCAGUGUCAGAUCUGCGAGCGGCGACUGCGGGACCGCACCACCGCCCUGCGGCACGUCAUGUCGCACCUGACCGACCGUCCAUUCACCUGCCCGCACUGCCCGAGAGGGUUUGUGCGCCGGUCGUACCUCCAGGCACAUCUGAACCGACACGCCGGACGGAGGCCGUUCGUCUGCCACUGCGGGCACGCGGCGGUUUCGGCCGCGGCGCUGGCCUCCCACAGAAAGGCGCACACCGCCGUGAAACCCGUGCGGUGCUUGCAGUGUGAUAAACGGUUCCGGAAACGGAGUGAUUUGGUGAUCCAUCAGAGGGCGCACACAGGCGAGCGGCCAUACCGCUGCGAGACGUGUAAGAAAACUUUCUCCAGCGCUAGCAGCCUGAACGCUCACGCCAGGAAACAUUCCACCGCCUGGCUGCGCUGUGACCGGUGCUCUAAGGCGUUUGAGGACGAGGCCCGGCUGCAGGCACACAGACGGGCACACGACACAAAGCCAUUCUGCUGCGACCAGUGCGGCCUGCAGUUCACGCGCGCCACCACUCUCCGCCGCCACCAGACCCGUCACGCCGGCCCCAGCGCGCCCGCGCACCGCUGUCCAGUGUGUCGGCGCUCGUUCCGUCUGGCGUCCGCUCUGAGAGAUCACCAGAGAGUCCACACGGGCGAGAAGCCGUUCGAGUGUGAUGAAUGUGGGCAGAGGUUUUCCCUGCAGACGACUCUAACGACUCAUAAGAGGAGACAUACGGGAGAGAAGCCGUUUCGGUGUUCGAUAUGUCCGAGAGCUUUCGCGCAGGCCACGCCGUUGAAGCGACAUAUGAAGACGCAUCGGGUCGAGGCUCAACCGCCCCCUCCCCCUCCCCCGCCGCCGCCCCCACCGCUUCAGCCGCCUCCGCCUCCGCCUCCGCCGCCUCAAAGAGCCGAAAGUGGUCCGCGUGUGACACAGACAAUAACUGUUUUGAGUGAGCAAGACACCUCUCCUCGGCCGCCACAUCAGACAUCUCUACAACAGGCACAACCGUCGACGACCAACCUGGUAACUGUGAUUGAGUCUUUCACACCGCUACCUGGUGAGCGAGGGGAGAGAGGUACACUCAGUGAGGAAGGUGGGGCCGUUGAGGGUAGUGUGAACGGUGGCGCUGCUUUGGACGAUGACGGCGGAGGUAUGUUUCACGAGCUACAGCCGUUGGCUCCGACGGAGACGCACCGAUGCCCGUUCUGUUCCCUGGAGGCCGCCUCCAGGGAAGAGGUGGAUCGUCAUGUGAAAACCCACCUGAUGGAGGAAACUGGUAAGCAGCAGCAGCCGGGUCUUGCCGAGUGGCGGUAGGUCUUAUCAUGUGAUAGGUAGCAGAAGUGCACGGAGGUUUCGAUGGAGUUCUAUUGAUGUUCAGGGAGAUUUAUUGCGGUACUUUAAUUGGGUCAUUAAAUGACGUGGUCAGGGAGGUUUUACAUAUCUGUUUUAGCUAAUGUCUGACGAGGAUUUUUCUUCUUUUCCGAUGAUAAAACCAACAACAUCUUGUGAUGGUGGUUUUGGCUGUGAAGUGUUCCACAUUCGUGGUAGGCAGGUCAAUGGUUUUAACGAUUGCGUCCAUUUACUUCGAAGCAGUGUAAUUGGUGUUGUUAUGAUGUCACGUCAUAAUGCUAAAUGUCGGCUUUUACUGGCCAGUGGCCACAUUACUUUUGUGAGAGCUUGUUGUCUUUUUCUGGAGAGCUAGCUUUCUGCUAUUUAUGUUAAUCGAGCCCGUGUUUUUACUCAAAAUAUACCAACCUACUUUUA